CCUUCCGCGAACCGCGGCGGUGAGAGAGGAAGACGUGGUGGAGUGAGAACUGAGAAGGCGGGGGAGAAGAGCAGCGCCGCCGCCGCCGCCGAGCUCUCCGGCGACGCCAAGUCGAAUCGGAGCCCGACGCGGCGGAUGAAGCGCCGGCCCGCCAUGGACUCCCACAACGAGCAGCCGCCGCCGCCGAAGAGCUUAAAGAUCUAUGUGAAGAUGAUGAAGACGUUCACCCUCAAUGUGAAUAGUACUGAUACAGUCGAUCAGAUCAAAUCCAAACUCAGUGCUAUUGAGGGGAUUGACAAGAGCAAGCAAGAGAUGUUCUUUGCUGGGAUGCACUUGAAGAAUGAGGAUAAGCUUGCUGAUUAUAACAUCAUGACCAACUCUUCUGUUGACCUCUAUGUCACUGAUGCUAUUCAAAUAUCUGUAAGGAUUCCCUCUGUUGGAAAGACCACCAAGCUCAAUAUGAGGAAAUCGAAUAGUAUUGCUGACAUCAAGGCGGAGAUUGAACAGGAGGAAGGAAUUCUUAUGAACGAACAAAUCCUGAUGUAUGCCGGUCAACAGCUUGAGGACAACCAGUUGUUAAGUCAGUGCGAUUUGAGGAAUGAUCAGACAUUUCAUGUUUUGGUUUGCCCAAAUGACAAGCUUCAUGUCUUUAUCAAUGUUAGAGGAGAGAAAACUAUAGGCCUUGAAACUAAACGCUGGUACACCGUUGCUGAUGUCAAGUUGAUGAUUGAGAAUUUGGAGGGCUUGCCUGCAUGCAGCCAGAUACUCACACGGAUGCAAUCUGGUGUUGGUGUGGCGCUCACAGAUGGUCGGAUGCUACAGGAUCAGCAUGUCAAAAACAAUGAUACUCUCUUGCUGCAGCAGAAUGUUCAGUUCUUCGUCAAGUCAUGGGAGGGUAAGACCUUAACUAUGGUUUUGAAAACGUCCGACACGGGUAAGCAAAUCAAGGAUAGAAUUGCAGAGAAGUUGCGGAUCAAAGAAAGUCUGUACUAUCUCUGUCACAAGGGACGUGUUCUGUUAACUGAGGAUACUCUUCUGGAUCAUGAGGUCGAGAGUAACUCCACAGUUUACAUCCGCCUUCGGAAUUCAGCGGUGGUGAAACCAAAUGCAAAGAAGCGCUAGGUAGCUACUUCUAUGAACUAUCAACUUCCUUAAGGCAAGAGACAAAACAUAGUUGCUUAGACGUUAGACCCUCGUAUGGUUAGUUUUUGGUGUUACUAAUCCUAGUUCUCUAGCAGUGAACUGGAGGUUUCAGGUUCCUGACUUGUGAUGCCUAUCUAUUAGUAAUACUUUUGCUGUAAAAACUUUUGCUUGAACUGAAGGGGAGACACAGAAAGAACUGUGCAUAUUUCCAUCUUGAUCUACUGUUUUGUGAAACA